AUGAGGAGAAAUAUACAUCAGUUAUCAACGAAAACAUUUGGUAAGAACCCAUUAAUAACAUCGUCGGCUGAAUUAGAUAAAAUUUCCGCAGCUGAAGGUGCAUUUGUUUAUCAUGGUGUUAAACACGGUCAUAGUUAUGUUUCACAAGAAUGUACAAUUAACGUUGCUAAAACUAUAUUUGAAUCAUCAUCGUCAGUUGCUAAAUCAAACACAAAAUCAAGAGCAAUUGCAUGUAACGUUCUUGGACCAUUUUAUACAAGUACAUUGAUCGAUAAAUUAUUAGAAUCACGUUUUUAUUCAUUAUAG